AUGACCCACCAGCGAUUCCCUCUCCGCCGUCUUCCCGAAGACCUCUGUUCAGAGGUUCUCAAAACAAUGAAUUAUUAUGAAAUGAUUGCCUACUCAUUCGUUUCGAGGAAGUCUCAUUCAAUGAUUAAGUCACUUCGCGUAGAGACUUUAUCAACUGAUGUAGAAUUAGGAGAAUGGCUGCAGAUAAGAUGGACCACAAAAGAUUAUGGUUCGACCUCGUUCAACUUGAGAUGCAUGCCAGAAAAUGAAGAAAUCCCAAAGAAGAAAAAUCACGAAGAAGAAAUCAAAACCAUGAAAGAUCUACCAGACAGAGUGGAUGUAUUUACAGAGGGUCGAUCAUUUAGUAGUCUAUAUUUAGAGUGGUCGAAUCAAGGAAAGAAUUUGGAACAGUGGAUUCAACAUCUAUUAUCAAUUUUCCAUAAAGAGGAGCCGAUUAAAAUGAAAGUGUAUCUUGGAAAGGCAAAAUUAGUGUUCCCAUCUUUUCGAAACACUUUUCCAAAAAUCAGGAAGAUCUAUUUGACAAGCGAAUAUGGAAACGAACUUACCGAUCAAGACAUCAUUUACGCUGAAAAUCUUCUGAAAGUUUUUCUUCCAUUGGUGGAAUAUGCCCAUCUGGAUGUCCCUCUUCGGAAGGAUUUCUUCGUUCAACAUAUCGGAAUUGUAAACUUAAAAGAACUAUAUAUCCAAUCUGGUAAACGUCUCAAAUUUGACGAUCUUUUGACGUUGAAUGUUGAAAGUUUGACAAUUGAUUAUGCAAAUCAAAUCUCGCUCCGUGACUUGAAUCGUUUCUUGAAAUUGUGGAUGAAAGGAUCGUUUCAAAAUCUGAAAAACUUACAAAUUACGAAAAACUCAAGGAUCUUCCCAGAUUGGAAUGUAUUGCUGAAAGGAUUGAGAACAGAAGAACCAGACGCAUUUAAGAUAGUCAAAACUCGUGAAGCUCGUCAAGUUCAAGUAGUAGAAGCAGAACCAGAAGAGGAGCCAGAAGAGGAGCCAGAAGAAGACUCUGAAGAUGAAAAUGAAAAAUGGUGGGAAAAUGAUGAAGAACAGGGGCAGGAAGAUGUGAAAGAAGGAAAAGAAUGUAAUGAGAUGGAAGUAUCGGAAGAUGAAGAUGAAGAUGAAAAAAUGGGAGAAGAAUCAGAAUCUGAAGAGGAACCAGAAGAUGAGGUACAAUGUGCACAAGAAGAUGAUGAGAAUGAAGAAGAUGAGCAAGAGGAUGUUGAUGAAGAUGAAGAAGAGCCAGAAGAGGAGCAAGAAGAAGAGGAAGCAGCAGAAUCGGAAGAAGAAGAAGAGGAAGAAAAAGAGGAAGUAGAAUGGGUAGAACAACCAGAAGAAGAACCUCCAGGACCAACUGAUAAGAACGUCAAAAUUCGAAACUGCCAUGGGGUUUGCGCUGACAUUGGGCUUCAAUACAUUUCGGGUAUGAUAUGUUACGUCAAGUUCUUCAUUCGAGACAGUAACGAGACUUAUGCUAUCUGGUAUUGA